AUGGCGCCGCCGGCCCUCAUUCUCGCCAGACGCGGCCGCCUCCACGCCAUAUCCGCCGGAAAUGGAUCCGUCCCGGCCAGAUCCGCCCGGAUCCGACCGGGCCCCGCCGUCGUCGCCACCAGAGCGCCACCCCGCUCAACCUGCAGCGCCACCUUCCACUGGCAGGCCUUGGAGAACCUCAUCUCUCUGAUUUCCUCUCAAUUUUUGCAGGAUGGGCAAGAACCAGAUACAGUAAUUACAUCUAAAGGGAUGGAUUUAGAGGAAGAUGCAGCAAGAAUUGAUCGAGUAAAAAAGCAACUUCGGCAUGCCAAUGGGACCUUUUCAGUGCUGUCAGGGGUGGCUGAGACCAUCAAGAACUUUGUCCUGAUCUACCAUGUUGACAUCACCAAGGUUCCUGACUUCAACACCAUGUACGAGCUGUACGACCCGUCAACGGUGAUGUUCUUCUUCCGCAACAAGCACAUCAUGAUUGAUCUUGGGACAAGAAACAACAACAAGAUCAACUGGGCAAUGAAAGACAAGGAAGAGUUUGUUGACAUCGUGGAGACUGUCUAUAGAGGAGCUCGUAAGGCCGUCGUCUGGUGA